AUGUAUGGAAAAACAUCAGGAUAUUAUGGGACAGUGGAGCAACAGGGUCGGCUAACACUGCACAUGCAUAUGCUUAUCUGGAUUAAAAAUUCCCUUACACCCCAGGAAAUUCGAGAUAAAAUCAUGGAUCCAAAGUCAGACUUCCAGAAGGCCAUGGUAGAGUAUCUAGAGAGUGUGCACAUGGGUGAAUUCAUGACAGGCAGCAUGGAGAGUGUGAAGUGGAACAUAGCAGAGGAAGAUCACAAAAAUCCAUCCAGGGUCCCACCCACAGAGACAUUGCCAGAGCCACCACCCAAGAAGUGCGACCACUCCACCAAAUCAGACUGUGAUCAGUGUCAGAAGCAUACAUCCUGGUGGACCAGAUUCAAGCAGACAGUGGAUGAAAUAUUAUAUCUAUCCAACAGACACACAUGUCGGGCAUCCUCAAAGAAAGACAAGGCUGAUCUGGAUAAAUCUGACAAACCUGAAUUUGAUAAUCGAGGCUGUACAGACAAAAAUGGAAAUUGCAAAGCCCGGUUCCCCAGAGAGACACAUCCAGAGACUGUGGUAGACCCAAGCACUGGUGCACUGAUCAUGAAGAAGGGAGAGGCAUGGAUCAACACCAUCACCCACGCAGUCACCUAUCUCAUGCGCGGGAACACUGAUGUCACCAGUCUACUGUCGGGCACUGCCAUCAAGUCUAUCAUAGCUUAUGUUGCUGAUUACAUAACCAAGACCCCACUCAAAACCCAUGUGAUGUUCCAGUCUAUCCAGCAAGUGUUUGAGCGC